AUGAGUGACACAAUAAAUCCAGUAAAUUCAGACAUAAAUAAAUUAGAAUCAUGCCGGAAAAGAAAGCAGGACAAACAUCGCGAUGAUUCGAGCUCAUCUUCUAGUAGUAGUUCGAUGAGUAGUUCAAGUGAUUCUUCGAAUUCUAAACGGCGUCGCCGAAAUAAAUCUAAAAGACAUCGCAAAGAUAAGAAAUUAGAUAGAUUGUUUAAGGAGGUCAAUGAUCUUAAAAAUCGAUUGAAUAAUAAUGAACAUAAUAAUGAAUAUCGUAGUUAUCAAACACCUAGCUAUAUAGACGACAAUGUAAGUCGUCAGCUAUAUGAAGACAAUGAUUGCAGUGAUCCAGAACCCCAAUUUUCGUUAGCGAUUAGUACUAAAUUAAAAGAUCCCGAAAUUUUACAAACACCCUCAUCUUAUUUAGACAUUUUAAAAAAUGUUCAAUGCUUUGGCGAUUCACAAUGGCGAAAUGUUAGGUAUUCGGAUGUGCAGAAAAAUUAUCGUCACUUCCCAGGUUUUUCUGAAUUAGAAGCAAAUGAAGAGCUAAAGCAAUACGAUAAUAACCGAUUUCUUUUAAAUGCCGACAAAGCAUACGGUUCCUUGAGUUUCGCUCUUAUAAAACAAAAAGAUGUUCUCGAGAAGGAGCUUCGAAGCUUUUUACUAUGGGUAAAAACGUCCCCUGAUUUAUCAUUUAUUGAAAUUAAUAAUAAAAUUCAAGAUAUUUUUGUUACUGGUGAUUUUUCCAAGAUUUCUAACGAUGCCCUUCAGUUGGUCUGCGGCCACAGGGCAGAGAUUAUCCAACAACGCAGAGAAUCAAUUUUAGCUUCAGUUAAGGACCCGUUACACAAAAACACAUUGCGCAGCAUUCCACCGUCGUGUCAAAAUCUUUUUGAAGCUGAAAAAUUAUCAUUAGUAUUGGAUAAAGCAGGUGGUGUACGUAAAGUGUUUUGGCAACGUACAAGAGAUCGCGCUUCUGUACCACAGACCGAUCGUCAAAAUAUUGCGCCUCGUAUGGCACAACAGCAAAAUUCAUUCGCUUCAGUCUCGAGAAGAGGUGGACAUAGUCAAGUAUCAAGGGCUACCCCUAACAAGCCCUUUCGGGGCAGGGGAAGGCAAAUUACUACCCAACGUCAAGGUGAGUCAACAUACGAAUAUCGCCACGAACGUAAAAACUCUCCCCCUUCCCACCGGGAUCGGAGAGUAUCUGGGAUGGAUGAUAAAUUACGACAAGUCGGCUUUGGUUCCCAGGAAGACUAUAGAAUACUUAGGCAUUCUAUGGGACCCAUGGCUAAAUCGAAAAAUGCUUCCAAGAGAGAAACAAGUAAAAUUAUUUUCGUCAAUAAGCAAUGUGAUAAGAAAACCAAAAACGAAUAUAAAAGAAAUUCAAAGCCUUAUUGGACAAAUGAAUUUUGCCAGUUUCAUUAUUCCGCUGGGCAGGCUAAAUUAUCGGCAGCUUCAGAAAUUAGCAAUAACAUAUCUAAGAUGGGAAGUAAAGAGUUUCAAACUGAACAACGAAUCACUAGCAGAACUUCAGUGGUGGCUUCAGCACCUUCGAGACUGCUCCGUAAUUCACGAGCCUCUUCCGACCCACUACAUGGUCACCGAUGCUUCAGACCGAGGCUGGGGAGCGAGGAUAAACAGCCUUCCUCCCCAGAAUGUAUCGAAGAUGGUACUGGAGAUAUGGAAAUGUGGGGGUGGAAUGAACAAUUAAAGGGAUGGUCACCCGAACAAAGAAAGCUUUUAAUGGAUAGUUGGCGACCUUCGACUCUAAAGUCUUAUAAAACUGCAUGGUCACGAUGGGUGCCACACGAUGAGUACGACGCUGCUAUGGACGAGCUGCUGGGCCUGGCGCACGAGUUCCUGCAGCACUUCUGUCACGGGAACAUACAGAACCAGGCCAUACUACACAAACACCUGGAUCUGUUCCUCAACGCUGGAGUAAGAACAGGCUAUUGA